AUGAGACUGAACCGCCGUGCCGUCCUUGCGGUGAUUUCGAUCUCAGCGUUGUUCUCGGUCGGAGUGUUCAUCUUCAGCAGAAGAGCUGCUACAGGUCUACGGUCACUUCCACAGUCUUCAAUCAUCGUCGGCGUAUCGUUCGGUGACGUUGCUGAACGGGUUUCCGCCGAUGCUCGUGCUCUAUUGGCUUCCUUUGGUGCAGUACGAAUUGCCGAUUGGAGGGAAACUUCAUCAAUUGACGUUGAAAAAAUGGCAGCUUUGGGCGGCUCUAUGAGUGGCGAUCGGGUUGUUCAUCUUGGCGCGGAGUGGGAAGGGUGUGGUAUUCCAGAAAAGUGUGGCUUUGAUGAAAUUCCUAUGCACUUUUUCACGGGAGAACAUAAAGAUGAUUGGCCGCGCUUGUGCGUGGGAGGACGUAUGGUGUUAGACCGUGGGUUAAAUGGUGCUGGUCGUGGUCUCAAUCUUGUUUCUAUUGAGCCUAAAACUGGACGAGUUUCAUCUGUAGCGCAUUUCGACACCUACCAAGAUGAGUCUACCGCUCUCGAACAGUGGCUAGACAACCUUCCAUUGGGUGAAGUUUUGGCUGUUGUUAGCUUUGAUGAGGCUUCUAAUAUGUUGUCAGAUAUGGCAAAGCAGAUUUUCUACGAAAUGGGAUCGAGUAUGAUUCAACGGCUCAAAUUUCGUGCAUCAUGGGAAUUGGCUGCGUAUAGUCCAUUUGAGGACCUGAACAUUCCUUCUGGCAACUCGUGGGCGAAGCCUAUAAAAACAUCAAUUUGUCUUCCUAAAAAACUUGAUUCCUGGCGUGGUCGUGCUUCAGAUGUAUACUUACGACCACAUAAUCUCCCACGACGACAUUUCUGUCUGAAACAUGACCGACAUGGAGAUUUUUGCAGCGAAAGUAGUGUUGAUAAUCCAAUCCGUCCUCGAGCCUUAUUAGAUCCAAAACGCAAAGGAGAUCCUGUUUUCAAUAUGCCCAUUGUGCUUGCUGCCGGGCUUUCCACCGAUUCACUUCGUAUUUGCCUCGAAUCUCUUAUGGAGCAAGAAGGUUUAAAUACACAGAUGGUCGUCGUAGUGUAUGACAAGGAGUAUCCUGAAAAUGCAGAACUUUCAUCACUUUUCCACGUGAAAUCACUGCCCGUUAAUUCCACAAAUGGCUAUAAUUCUCUCUUGCUGUCAGCUGUUUCUGCUGCUUUCUAUCUUUUUCCUACUUCACCGGCUGUUGCUGUUAUCGAAGAAGAUGUGAGGCUAUCCUCUGAUUGGCUGUUCUACCUUUCCCAAACACUGCCGGUUCUCUUAGAGGAUAAGACCAUCGACGUUGUACAAACUUUUAAUCCAAAUGGUAUUUCAUUGUCUAUUUAUUGGUUAACACGAUGA